GAGAGCUAAAUCGGAAGUAAUUUGUGGCAACCUCAUGAUGAGAAUCGGAUAGAGUGUUUUCUGCGCUGGCGGGGACCACACAGAGGGAGGAGCUGUAAAACGAAAGUGCUAGGCUGAGAAGAGGAAACGGUCUUUGUGGAGAUAGACGUCUUGGUUCCGCUGGAAGGUAACUACGACAACGACGGCGACGACAAGUGCUGGUGCUGGGGAUCCUAUUGUUGCUGCUGCCAAUGCUGCUGCUGAUGUUGUUAUUGUUGCUGUGUGUGUUGUCGCUGAGAAUGGUUGUUCCGGUGCUCUGAACAUGUAUGGCACGAACAAAGAAGUACAGACAGAAACUCCUAGCGGGAACACAGCAGACUGCAGACUGGCUCCUAGAAACCCAAUAAUUCGAAGCAAAUCGAAACAGGCAGAAGCACCACCAGUCCGUAUCAGCACCUCGUGGAUCCAGUCAGCUGCGGACACACAGGGCUCUUUAUACGGCCUUGCAGAUGGCACGACGCAGCCGGAGAGCUCAGCACAAAAACCGGGGCAUCUUUCCGACAGGGGGCACUGCGGCAGAGCUCGCUGAGGCCAAAUGGCGGAUCACAG